UUGCCGAAUCACCAGCCAUAAUAGAUAAAUAGGGCAAGGUGGGAUGGAGCAGCUCUUUCUCAUGAAUUGAGGAUCCCUUGUCCAUCACCCAUCAUUGUAGACUUUUUAGACAAAAUGUUGCUAUCAGUAUGAGCGUUACAUUUCUCCCUCCAAAACACACCAAUUAUUUUUAAUGAACCUUUCAAACCCCUCCAUCCUGUCAUUCCUACCUCUAUAUAAUAUGCCAUACAAAAAUCUUCUGCAUAGCCCUCCCAUAUCAAUAAAAAUGGCUCGCUGUCCUUGGCUCCAGGUCUUGAUUUAUAUCGCGUGUUCGCUAGCAAUCGCACAUGCGCAAGGUCCGGCUGCCUCACCCUCCAAUCCACCUCCUGCUUCUGUAACGCCCUCCUCCUCUGUGCAGCCGCCGGUAAGUACAACACCACCUCCCUUAGCUGCAACUACACCUCCACCUGCAGCAGCUACACCUCCACCUGCAGCAACCACGCCUCCACCAGCAGUAACUCCUGUAUCACUUCCGCCUCCUAAAUCUGCACCGGUGGCGACUCCAUCGGCUCUGCCACCCCAGACUCCACCACCACUGCCACCCCCGAGCCCUCCCGUCUCGGCCCCAGUGCAACCGCCGGCAUUGCCCCCAUCGCCAGUAGCUUCACCGCCACCACUGCCACCAGCACCAGCCUUGCCUCCACCACAGGUGUCUCCAGCACCAGCCCCGGCAAAGCCGACACCGGCGCCUGCACCGGCUAAGGAAGCGCCGGCACCUUCACCACUAAUGGCACCACCAGCACCUGCACCAGCACCAACACCACCACCAAUCUCGGCCCCGACACCCGUUCAAGGGCCAGCACCAGGACCAGCACCCCACAAGCACAAAAAGAGAAAGCACAAACACAAAAGACAUCACCAUGCACCUGCCCCAGCGCCGACCCUCCCGAAAAGCCCCCCAGCCCCUCCAACAGCAGUGCAAGACAAAGAGGAUACAGCCCCAGCACCCUCCCCAGACAUGAGUGGUGGAAUUGCUGUAUACCUACAAGUAAGAAGGUCCGAGAUGUGGAUGAGGGUUGCACUUACUUCUGCUGUUCUUCUAGCUUUCAGAAGCUGCAUUUUCUGAUAUGAUGUAUUUGAAUGCCAUGAGCCACUUCCAUACUUUACGAAGAGGGUAAUCUAUAGCAAAUAUGAAGUGGAGGCAAAGAAUUACGGAUAUGGAAGAGAAUAAAACGAAAAAGAUAGACCACCAGGCUUAAACAUUUUGUAUUCUUUGAAAAUUCUUGGAAGAAUGGAAACGUUCUAUUUUCUUCUUCUUCUAAUUUGAACA